UUCUGUUGCUCCCCCAGGACUUCCACAGUGAGGAAAGGAGCUGCAGGACCAACAUCCUCUAAGAUGUUUAUAUGGACCAGUGGACGGACCUCUUCAUCUUACAGACAUGAUGAGAAACGAAAUAUCUACCAGAAAAUCAGGGACCACGACCUCCUGGACAAGAGAAAAACUGUGACAGCACUGAAAGCUGGAGAGGACCGCGCCAUCCUGCUGGGACUGGCCAUGAUGGUGUGUUCCAUCAUGAUGUACUUCCUGCUGGGAAUCACACUGCUGCGCUCCUACAUGCAAAGCGUGUGGACGGAGGAAGCUCAGUGCGCCCUGCUGAAUGUGUCAAUCACAGAGACAUUUAACUGCUCCUUCAGCUGUGGCCCCGACUGCUGGAAGCUCUCUCAGUACCCUUGCCUGCAGGUGUACGUGAACCUGACAACAUCCGGCGAGAGGCUUCUGCUCUAUCACACUGAAGAGACCAUGAAGAUCAAUCAAAAGUGCUCCUAUAUUCCUAAGUGUGGAAACAACUUUGAAGAGUCCAUGUCCCUGGUGAGUGUCGUCAUGGAAAACUUCAGGAGACAUCAACACUUCCCCUGCUACUGUGACCCGGAAGGAAACCAGAAGAGCGUCAUCCUGACCAAACUCUACAGCUCCAAUGUGCUGUUCCACUCUCUCUUCUGGCCAACGUGUAUGAUGGCUGGAGGCCUGGCGAUCGUUGCCAUGGUGAAACUAACUCAGUACCUCUCCCUGCUCUGUGAGAGGAUCCAACGGAUCAAUAGAUAAAAGGGAAAAAAAUCAUGGAUAAGAUAUUUUUCUUUAAAGCUCAAAUACUGUUUUCUUUCAUUCUUCACCAAAGAACCUUAAGUUUGUAACGUGCAGUCUGUUAUGGUUCCUUAAUACUAUUAUUCUAUGUAGAGCAAUAAUGCAAAUGCUGUUCUAUAUGCAAACAUGAUGUCCUUAUUAUUCAGGAGAAUUUGUUGUUCCUUGUUGGUCGGGUGUUUUCAUUAUUGUGUUUCGAUGCUGGCACUAGUCUGCUCUUCUCUUUCCACCAGAACAGGGCUCAGCUACUCAUUGCUAAGGGUUGCGGGGGAAAUGGAGGCACUGUCCACGUGACAAGGUCUGGGUUCUGAGUUUCCAGACCUCUGGAAGACAAGAUUUUUCUUCAUUUCUUGUUUACUGAAGCUACAGCCAAAAACAUGUCUUUCUUUUCUUAUCCUCCAUUAAGCCCUGUAGUAAGGGAAGGGGUUAUUUCCUGACUAAAGCGUGUUAGACUUUU